UAUACACACACUGUAUUGCCAAAAGUAUUGGUCACGCCCUCCCAAUCAUGUGUUUCAGGUGUUCCAAUCCCCUCCCAAUCAUGUGAUUCAGGUGUUCCAAUCCCCUCCAUAUCAUGUGAUUCAGGUGUUCCAAUCGCCUCCAUAUCAUGUGAUUCAGGUGUUCCAAUCGCCUCCAUAUCAUGUGAUUCAGGUGUUCCAAUCCCCUCCCAAUCAUGUGAUUCAGGUAUCCCAAUCCCCUCCAUAUCAUGUGAUUCAGGUGUUCCAAUCCCCUCCAUAUCAUGUGAUUCAGGUGUCCCAAUCCCCUCCAAUCAUGUGGUUCAGGUGUUCCAAUCCCCUCCAUAUCAUGUGAUUCAGGUGUUCCAAUCCCCUCCAUGGACACAGGUGUAUACAAUCAAGCCCCUAGGCAUGCAGACGGCUUCUACAAACAUUGGUGAAAGAAUGGGUCGUUCUCAGGAGCUCAGUGACUCCAAGCGUGGUCCCGUGAUAGGUGGCCACCUGGGCAAUAAGUCCAUCCGUGACAUUUCCUGGCUUCUAAAUAUUCCACGCUCAACUGUUAGUGGGAUUAUAACAAAGUGGAAGCCACCGGGAACAACAGCCACUCAGCCACCAAGUGGUAGGCCACGUCACAUGACAGGGCGGGGUCAGCGCAUGCUGAAGCGCACAGACAAAUGUGCUUCUGGAAGAAUGGUCCAACCUUCCCAUAGACACCCUCCUAAACCUUGUGGACGGCCUUCCCAGAAG